AUGGUUCUCCUCCGCUCCGUCCUCUCCCUUCCCAGAUCUUUUCCAUCUACCCGAUCAUCUCUCCGUCACUCAAUCAGAUCGCACAACUCUUCAUCAAAUCCAACCAUCUCACCUCUUUACCCUCACUCAUCGACCUACUCUUACUCCCUAGGUCUAUCAUACGCAUCCAAGUACUCUCCUCCAUUUAUCGCUCCGAAUCAAAAGAUAGAGCCAUAUGGAUUUAUGCAUCGGGAUAAAGAUGAUGGGAUCGUACGGUGGGUAAAUGAGGUGAUGGAUUUUCCAGCUGGGAGGGGAGAGUUGACUUCAGGUCAGGAUGGAGGUUGGUCACAGAGUGUUCAGAAGGACGUAAGGAAAUAUGGAGCAGGGGAAGAUUUCUUCGGGAUACAGAGAGUAGGUAAUGAUCUCCAUCUCUCCCUAUCUGAUGGUGUAGGAGGCUGGACCGACAGAGUAGACCCAUCGUUAUUCUCCCAAGCGCUAUGCUACCAUUAUUCGACCAUCGCCAGCCAGUUCGCCUCUUCCUCGCCGGUCAAAAUACUAGAUAAAGCGUAUAGGAACUUGCUGGAUGAUCAGAGGGUAGUAGCAGGUGGAGCUACGCUGGUAGGUGUUAGAUUGGGUGAAGAGGGAGAUGCGAGCUUUGUCAAUCUAGGUGAUUCAGGCUUUGCGAUCAUGAAGAACGAUCAGAUAAAGUAUAUCUCGAAACCCCAAACUCACUUUUUCAACUGUCCCCUACAACUAUCUAAGAUACCCAAAGAUAUGAGACAGGCAGGUAUCAUCCAUGAUACGCCUGAUAUGGCAGAUGUCAAAGAGAUAGAGUUGGAAGUUGGAGAUGUGGUAAUCCUAUUUACCGACGGUCUAUCCGAUAACUUACCAACUUCCCACCUGCCCCUCCUUUCAUCCUCCCUGACCCAGCUCCUCAACUCACCAUUAAACUCUCACCUCACCAAGACAGAGCGAGACGCAGAGUUCGCCCGAUUAUUCGCUGAUAUCCUAGUAGGAUACGGGAGGAUGGCAAUGGCUCGCACGGGUGAUGAAAAAGGUUGGAAGACACCGUUCGAGAUCGAAGCGACGGAGAAAGUACCGAGAAAUAAUUGGAGAGGAGGUAAGAUUGAUGACAUAACGGUCAUGACUGCUGUGGUAUCUGAAAGUGAUUAA